UCAUUAAUUGUUGUCUUUGUGAAUCCGACGAAAUAAUAAACAAAAAUUUGAUUCGAUUGUGGUUUUUUUGUAUUUACUUCUGAUAGUCGAUACGCGCACUAUAAGUGAAAUUACUUGUCUAAAUUGAAUUUGCAUACAUUUAGGUUUAACGGAAACACAAUUUUUUUUAUUAACUAUAUAGGUACGGGUUGUACGAUCUUAAUAGUAGUUGUUAAAUUCACGAAUAAACAAUGAAAUCCGUCAAAAUAUUAUUAUUAAUUAUUAUGUAUAUAUAAAUAUGGGGUUACAUAAUAGGAGCAACGAUUUAUCUAAUUACGGAGAGAACAUACAGUUAUAUAAUUUCUCACAAUUACAUAAUUUAUAGGUAGGUUAGGCAGAUAGGUAGGUACCAUUUAUAAUUAGUAAUGAAAUAUCACUAUAAAGUUGUGUGUGCAUAAAAGGAACAAAAUUAAAUUCCAGAGAUAAGCUAAAGUAGAAAAUUUGCUUACUAUAACAGUAUAACAUGUGUGAAUACAUAAUUUAUCUCAAUGUAAUUUUGUGCCGACAUUUUAAUGUAAGUACCUAUUUAUAAUUAUUAUCCUUAAAUACCUUAAAGCACUAAUAGCCUCUCGGUUUAACAUACUUUUUUUUUUUUUUUGUAGUAUGGUGUCACCAGCUAGAGUUAACGAUUUAUGCGAAUUAUGCAUCGAAACCUUCAUAUUAUUUAGUUACAAUAUUACUAGAGGUAUGGAAAAGUCACUACAAUGAUAUUCGAUAAGUAUCUAUGCCGUAGUUUCCAGAUAAUAAUUCCGUUAAUUAAAACCUAUACGUUUAUGUUUGUUAUUGAAUAAUAAAUAAUAUAAUUUAACAUUUAUAUAUUCAUAUAAAACUAUUUGAGUAGCUUCUUAUAUCUGAUAACUAAUAAGGGUCAGUUCGGUUCCGAAUGCCAUCAAGUGCACACGUUUUCUGACAGCAGUAUGCUCGUCGCUCCUUUAUCAGUUCGUAGUUAUUUAUACGGCUUUGCCUAUAGCCCAUAUUACGAUCGUAAUUAUGUCGCUACAAUCAAACAGUAACGGUUCCAAAAAAAAUAACAAACGUAACCUCUCUUCUUCUUCUCUGUCGCCAAAAGCAGAGGAAAAUAAAACUAAAUUUUUCUACAGUCCAAAUCGGUACUUUGCUCUUGCUCAGCACGACAACGUCGACAACAACUCAUCUCCCAAAAAUGGUCAAAAUCGCAAAAGUAUUGAAACUUCAAAACUAACACCUGUGUAUAUAAAAGAUGUGAGUGAUAUCUCCACCUUCACCUCAAGUUUGUUGACUAUUCUUAAACCUUCCGAUUUCAUUUGCAAAUCUACUCAUUCUCAUCUAAUUGUCCACACGCAGACUCUCGAACACUAUAAUCUGCUUUUACUACACCUAAUAAGCACUGGUGCCAGUUUUCAUACCUAUCAGCCUAAAUCUGGACCCCGCCCCCUCCCCGAAAUUUUUGUUUCAUUUUAAAUUUGGAAAACCGUUUUAAACAAAACAAUCUUGUUUUGUCAUCAAUUCAAAUUUGUCAAAACCACAGUUAAUUUGUAAUUUGAAACUUAUAAAAUAUUAAAUUUGUAUAAGCUAAAACUAGAAAAUUUAAUACAAGGUCUUUCAUACAAGUAGUUCAUACUUUUACCGAAAAAUUACAGAUAAUUUUAGGAAAGUUGGUAUGCAAAUACAAUGUUUUUUUAAAAAAUGAAUUCAUUCUGGUUAGACGUAUAUAAAAUGUACGUCUUGCUUACUAUUGUUGACAGUUGAAACUUGAUAAAUAUUUAUUUUUUUUUAAGUUAUAAUAAUACGGGAAAUGGUGGGGGGGGGCUUCAGCCCAUUAGCACCCCUCCCCCCUGCGGACGCCACUGCCUUUGAUCAUGUCGUAGAGAUAGAACAUCUUAAGUAAAAAUUUCAAUAAAUUUUACAAUUUGUUCUAAAUCAAUGCUGGCCAUUAUACAAAAUAUAAUAAAUAUUAGUUCACACCACAAAAACUUUUGGAAUGUAUCAAAGUAUUUAAUCAUAAAUUACACACCAUUAUUACACUAUUUACACUCACAAUUGAGGGUACUGGUAAAAUAACCAGAAAUAUACUUUUUUUUCUUAAUGUUUAGGAGACACAGAAACCUUUCUCAAACAUUUGGUAACGAACCAAAAAUGAAAAACGUAGUUUCAUUAUUGUUGUAAGAAUAAGAUAUAUAAAUUCAAAUCAUUUCCUGUAGUACCCCUUCUAUAUAUUCCUUCUAUAUUCAUGAUAACAGUUUUAGAACAAUGCAGUUUUUAUCACAUUUUAGAUUCUCAGCGAUUUUGUGUCUAAAGACAAUUUUUAUAGUGCAGAAACUACAUCUAAAAUAUAUUAAUGAUUUAAUUAGUUAUUGAUGACUGAUGAGUUACACUCAAAAACCUACUGUAUAGUAGAGCGGUACCAACACUUGCCCACUUUUUUUAAUAUAUUAUUAUUCAAUUGUUAGAAGGAUUCGUUUCUCUGGUUUGGUAUUUGUUUAUUAUCAAACACAGACUUAGGUCUUAUACAUUUACACGUGUUAUUAUUGUCACUCGUCUCUGACUGAUAAUUAUAAUUUUUAAGUGCAAUAGAGCUAACAUUGUAUUGUUUUGCGUAAUUGUGUUAGUUUCGAGAUAGUGAAAUCAUGAUGUUAAAAACUUUACAAUCUCAUUUUUUUAGAAAAACUACAAUUGGAAUGAAUACACGUUGCUUAUGGCAAUGGAUUGAUUACAUAUUCAACCGUUUGGAUGAUGAUCGUAUCAAGGAAAUUGGCCCCAACUUGGCAUGUGCCGAAUGGCUCAUGAAAAAUGGGGCACAAGUCAGAUGGAAAGGUUGUAAGGAAUAUGUCCGACAUUAUGAUUACCUGCCCAAUACAACAUCAGUUCACCGUGAACAGUUUCUAAUACAGCAAGUUUACGCUGGGAGAGAAGCUUCAAUCUCACAUUUAGGGUUUAGUUAUUUUAAAAACUGUAAACAUAUUUCUGAAGUGGAAUUUGAUGGAUGUAACUCAAUUAAUAAUAAAGCAUUAAUUGAACUUAAUAUAUUGAAAGAUUCCUUGAUAAGCUUGAAAAUUAAUAACUGUGCAAAUGUUUCUGAUCAAGGAAUAAUAUCACUGAAAAAUCUUCAGGUAUUAAGACAUUUGGAGUUGAAAAAUAUAAAAAAUUUUUGCGACACUGAAAAAACGAUUGGCUUUCUGAAAACAAAGUUGCCAGAAUGUAACAUAGAAUACUAUAAUAAAUGAUAAUAAUACAAUUCUGUGUCCACAAUAAUAUUAGUAAUAUAUAAUCAUUAGGAUAACAUUUACACAGUCAUUAGUUUUAAAAAUGUUCAAGUAAUUUUUAAAGUUUAAUUGGUCGCAUGUAGAAACCCAUUAAUGCUUCAUUAAUUGGUUACAUCCAGUAAGUUCCACUUUGGAAAUAUUACAGGUAUUGAGAAACCUACUAAAAUAACUGAAUUAAAUAUUAUGUGAGGUCGAAGCUUGUGUUCCAGCAUACACUUGCUCUAUUAAAAACUAUUCAAAUUGGAUUGAUGUGAUUUUGGGCAAGUAAUAAUACUGUCCAUAUCCCUUGCUACAUUUUCAUCUGACUUGUGCCCCAUUUGUCGUGAUCCGUUUAGCACAUGCCAAGUUAGAUCCAAUUUGAAACUGUUGGAGCCUGGAGGUGACAUUAGGUUAUAUUAGGUAAACGAUAGUAAUGGCUGAUGAAUUCUCUACUACUUGUCUAUCUAACUUAUGUGCAAUUUUUUAUUAACUAUUCUGUAUAUAGUUAAGUUUAAUAAGUAGUAAGGCUAGUAGAUAUAAAUUGGAUGGAUCAAUAUUAAAAAUCAGUACUUUUUUUUUGCAUCAGUUAGAUAUACUAGCCCUUACUUAAGAUUCCACUGGAUAGCUUUUGAAAAAUGGUAAACAGGUUAGAUAGAAAAGUUAUAAAAAUUGUCAGCCAUUCAAUUGGUUACCUACUUAAUAUAACAUAAUUUCACCACCAGGCACCAACAGUUUCUGAUCUAACAAGUGUAUACUGGAAAAGAUGCUGCUAGUUGAUUUAAAUAAAUAAAUAAAUAAUAAUGUCAAUGUUGGCUGUUUUUAAUUUUUAUAUAAUAUGUCUAAUUUAAAUGUGUUAAAUUAUUUGGAUUA